AAGCAUAUACAAACACGCGGCGCAUAGCUAGAGAUAGAGACAGAGGAGAGAGAGGGAUCAUUGAAAGCUGCACCCAUCAUCCGCCCCCGUUUGUUCGCCACCAUUUCCCUUCAAUCCCCUCCAUCAUUCGUUCCAAUACUCCUCCUCUCCUCUUUUUCCCCCAUCAUCAACGAGGCCACAAGGAGCAAAAAAACAUAUGAGCGCUUUGGGAAAGUGCGAGUUAGUUUUGCUUUGAGCUGCUUUUUAUCCAUCCAUCCGGAGCUGUGGGUGCUGGGAGUGAGCUCUGCUCCGUGUACGCCGGGCGUGGCCACCGAGGCGGCAGUACGUGGGGGCGAGCGAUCGAUCGAUGUCGUCGGUCGAGGACGGGUACUGCAGCUCAGACUCGCCGCGGGCGGACUCCGUCGACGAGCCGCAGGCCGCGGCGGACGCGGAGUUGCCUCGCGCCGGGGCCGGCCAGAAUAAGCGCGAGCGCGACCUCCCUGCCUCGCCGUCGUCCCCGCUGCCGGCAGCUAAGCGCAGCCGGAGAUCGGUGGAGAAGCGGGUGGUGUCGGUGCCGAUCGCCGAAUGCGGCGACCGGGCCAAGGGGGCCAGCGGGGAGGGCCCACCGCCGGCGGACUCGUGGGCGUGGCGCAAGUAUGGGCAGAAGCCCAUCAAGGGCUCCCCCUACCCUCGGGGGUACUACCGGUGCAGCAGCUCCAAGGGGUGCCCGGCGAGGAAGCAGGUGGAGCGCAGCCGUGCGGACCCCACCGUGCUGCUCGUCACCUACACCUUCGAGCACAACCACUCGUCGCCGCUGCCCAAGAGCAGCAGCUGCCAUCAGAGCAAGCCAUCCCUCCGGCCACCGGCGCCGAAGCCUGAGCCGGAGGCCGAGCAGCCCGAGCUUGCUCCCGAGCAUGUGACGGCCGGGCCGGAAGAGCCGGAGCAGGAGCUGGAACAGAAGGUUGUUGUAAGUCCGCCCGAGCCCGCAGCGGUCACAACAGUGGCUCUGGCGGCCGAAGAGGAGGAGAGCUUCGACUUCGGGUGGUUCGACCAGUACCCGACGUGGCACCGGUCGGCACUGUACGCACCGGCGCUCGACGCGGCGCCGCUGCUGCUCCCGGAGGAGUGGGAGCGCGAGCUCCAGGGGGAGGACGCGCUGUUCGCGGGGCUCGGCGAGCUGCCCGAGUGCGCCGUCGUGUUCGGCCGCCGGCGCGACUACGGUCUGGCAGCGGCCUCCGCGCCGUGCUCCUGACCGUCCUCUAUUUUUCUUUUUUUCACCUUUUCGUUUCUUUUUUCGGUUUUAGUUUUAUUCGGAGCAAUUUGGAGGUAGUACAUAGCUCAGAUCGACGCACGGGGUUUAUCUGUUCAAGGCCGGUACCUGCCUUUCUCUCCUGUGUUGAUUGAUUGGGUGCGCGCGCGCGCGCGUUCGCCAUCCAAGGUUGUCCCGUUUCAGACAGAAGUAAUUUGAGAUGUGAUUCCAACAAUUCCAAUGAAAAAGGAGCGAAAGCUUUGGCA